UGGAGCGUGCGAGGAGGGAGAAGAGGGCAGUGGGGGAGGUUGACGUCGAGGUGCGAGACACGGGCAGGGAGAAGAGGGCUCAACAGACGAUGAUUGAGGAGAUGUACGACAAGGAGAAGUUGGCCGAGUUCACAGACACAUGGCUGCAGUGGAUCUAUGUGAAGGGGUUGCCAUUCAACGCGUUCCGUGGUUCGGAGUUCUCGAGGGUGUGGCAGGCGACAGAGAGAGUGCCUCACACUAUCCAAUUCCGGUUUCCCUCCUACAGGGUUACAGUGGGCGCCGUGAUCCCUUCACAGAAGGCGAAGGUGGCGACGAUGGUGAGCGAGGUGCGCGCCGCUUUCCGGCACACCGGUGCCACCAUCCUCUCCGACGGGAGGAAGUUGCGCCGUGGCAAGCCGCUUGUGAACUUCCUCGCCGGGGGCGCCAAUGGCGCCCUGCUAAACGCCACCGUCGCACGUGACGGGUCGGUCCGAGAUACAGCGGACAUCGUGUACCUGUCUCAAGGGCCGACGAGAUGCGUUGAAAGCAUGUUGCACGGGGAUGCUUGGGCACGCAUCCCGUGGGAGCGCAGGCUUGUAUCGCAGGCGCAGUGGGUGCAGCAGCAGAUCCGGGACGGGGAGUUCUGGCGAUGUGUCCAGUACGCCAUCCUUGUCAUGGCACCCGUCCACGAGCUGUUGCGCAGGAUGGAUAGGGGGGGGAUGAUGAUGUCCGUCGUUUACGAGUGGAUUCAGCAUGUGCUGCGGUUGACGAGGACGGUCAACGUGCCGGCGAACAUGCUCGAGCCGUGCGUGCGUGAGGUUGCCAUCCGCAACCUCCACACGCUAGAGCCCGCACAUGCCGCGGCCCACCUCCUCAACCCUCGUCGACGGUCCCUCACGUAUUACGAGUCGUUACAGACGACCGUCGACGACGCCCGUGUGGUCGAGGAGUGCACAGAUUUCUCCUGGAGAAGACUGGCGGCGAUUCGGUCGGCAGACUCGAAGAGGAACUGGGUGCAGCAUGAGCGCAUCAACACGGCGAGGCACUGCAAGCUUGGGUUUGCCAAGCUUGCACAGCUGGUUGAGAUUGCCACCAAUCUCAAACUGGCCUCGUGCACACGACAGGGUGGUGGCUACGUGUUGCCAUGGGUUAUGGGGACCGGUCGGGAGGGGACGGCAGCAGAGGACGAGGAUGAGGAGGGAGACGUGGAGCUCGUGGUGUGUGGAGCGCGACCUGCUGGCAGUGUUCCCGAGCAGGACAUCCAGCAACAGAUUGCGAAUGGGAGCACCAGACCCGGUGGUCGUCGUGGAGGACGUUCGCAUGUGGAGGUUGGCGUCGACGACUCGGGGGAGCAAGACCCACGGGGAGGCCUUCGGCAGACAGGCAGGCGUUGGGAGGUUAGGAGCGACAGCGAGGCCGAGGAGGAGGCCGAGGAUGAGCAGGUGCCCUUUCGCGAUCGUCGCUUCUCUCCCUCCCAUCAUCUGAGCACUGCACAGCCCGAGGCACUUAGGCGUUCGGAGAGGUUGGCAUCGACAGCAGGCAGAGACCGGACACAUGACGGCGAGGAUCGCAGGGGGGAGAGGACUCCUUCCGACGCCGGUAUCCGCCCCCGCUUGGUGUCGGAGCUCCGCACACACGACUUUGAUAUCGGAGGACUUGGUGGGGGCUUGGGAGAUUUCAGUGCGGAGGGACGUCGACGUGCCUCCCUGUCGGAGGUGCGCACCGAUGAGGACGUUGUGCGGGACCGUGUUGAGACUGAGGAGGAGUGGGAUGCCCGUUUGGACCGAGAGGAGGAGGAGCGGCUGCGGAGUUUGCCAGGAUGGGAGGGUCGGUCCCCGUAUCUCGAGGAGCAGCAUUGGCAGAGGGAGUUGGAGACAGGAGGGGGGGGAGGCCGUGACGCCGACGACUCAGGUGUCCCUGAGGAGGCAGUUUAGGGGGAGUUUGUUGAUGAGGGACAGGAUGCCGCCGCGGGUGGUGGGUCAGGUGGUGGACGACGCGGCGACGGGGAGA